UCUUCCAACUCUAGUUUGGACCUUCCGUGGUCAAUCAAAGUCCACCAGAUCCAGGCUUUGCCUCCCUCACUCUCACUCCAACUCUAUCUCCCUCUCUUCUCGUUUCGCCCAAAUUCUCUCCCCCUAGGGUUUAGGUUUUCUCUGCAGCUUUCCCAUGGCUUCCUCGUCGUCUGAUCCUGCCUUCAAACACGAACCCGGUGCUUCUUGCGCUGCUGCUGCUGGAGGAGGAACGCCGGAGUCUUCCGAGGUUGUAUUGGCGAACGAUCAGCUUUUACUGUACAGAGGGUUGAAGAAACCCAAGAAAGAACGAGGUUGCACUGCCAAAGAGCGCAUCAGUAAAAUGCCUCCAUGUGCUGCUGGGAAAAGGAGUUCCAUAUACCGCGGAGUCACUAGACAUAGAUGGACUGGUCGUUAUGAAGCUCAUCUUUGGGAUAAAAGUACCUGGAACCAGAACCAGAACAAGAAGGGAAAGCAAGUGUAUCUGGGAGCAUAUGAUGAAGAAGAGGCAGCUGCUAGGGCAUACGAUUUGGCAGCCUUAAAAUAUUGGGGUCCUGGAACUCUUAUUAAUUUUCCAUUGACUGAUUAUACUCGGGACCUUGAAGAAAUGCAGACUGUUUCAAGAGAGGAAUAUCUUGCGUCUUUAAGAAGAAAGAGCAGUGGAUUCGCCCGGGGAAUAUCUAAAUAUCGUGGUCUCUCGAGUCUGUUCGGUCGUAUGUCAGGCCCUGAUUGUGUCAACAGCAUAAUUUAUGGUGCCGGGGAUGAUCAAGCAACAGUAAGCGAAUUCAUCCACAACUUCUGCAUUGAAAGGAAGAUCGACUUAACAAGUUACAUUAAGUGGUGGGGGCCCAACAAAAAUCGAACGUCCAGUGUUGGAUCGAAGUUGUCAGAAGAAGACAAACAUAGUAGCGUUGGAGAAGUUGACAGUGAACUCAAAGCUCUUGGACAGACCACCUGCCCCACAGAGCCAUAUGAGAUGCCCUGUUUGGGUACAUUACAUGGGGUAAAGAAGGUUGCUUCGAAGGUCUCUGCUUUAAGUAUUUUGUCACGGUCAGCAGCCUACAAGAGUUUGCAGCAGAAAGCUUUGAAAUUAGAGGAAAUUAACAAUGAGAAUGAUGAGAACGAAAAUAAAAACACUGUGAGCAAGAUAGAUCAUGGGAAAGCUGUUGAAACACAUGCAAGUCAUGGAGGUGAUCCCAAUGAGAAAUAUGGGGUUGCUUUUGGAGCAAGUGGUGGAUCGCCACUUCAGAGAAAUAUGUUCCCCUUGACUCCAUUCUUAACUGCGCCUCUUCUUAGCAGUUACAACACUGUUGAUCCCUUGGGAGAUCCAAUUCAUUGGACAUCGCUCGUUUCUGUUCUUCCUACUGGACUUUCUCGUACUGCCGAGGUUACAAAGACUGAAAUCUCUUCAACUUACACUUUGUUUAGGCCGGAGGAAUAAAGUUCAAGGAAUUUAUUAUCUCCCCCCAGGAUGGGGUUUGAGUUGAACUUGAUUGGACUGCGCUCGAUGCUGAUAUUGCUGGAUCCCUAAAUGAGAAUAAGCUUUAAGGGGUAGAGAUUUACAUGAAUCAAAAUAUCACAAGAACACGAUACACACGCUUCAUACUUACUGUCGCCCGAGGCUUUUCUUGGUUUUUCCUACAUGCAGGAGGGCGAUGAACACGAAAGGAACCUCAUAAAGUUUAAGAAGAAACGAAAUAUAGUCCUAGAAGAUCACACGUUUGUUUUAUAUCUUGCAUUUGUACUAUCUAAUAGUUACAAAUUUAAAUUCGAUUAUUUCUCGAAUACCUGUAUUACUUGUGACAUUUAUAUCCAGUUAUCGAUAUCAAGAUCUCGUCCGCCCUUAGGUUUGGCC